GUGUGUAAUGAUUGAGGUCAUGCAGGAGCAGGAAACAGAUCUCGAGAGCUAAGAUGGCGGAGGAGCAGCAGGACUCAACACAGGGGGAUAUGGAGGGAGUGAACUGCCUUGCAUAUGACGAGAUAGCCAACAGUAACCCUUUAGUGUCGGACAGACAGGACCUGUCGGUGCUGCAGAGUGAAUACGCUGAGGAGGACACAGUUUAUCAGCUCAAGAUCAAGGAUCUAUACAAAAAGUACUCAUACAUUCGUAAGACACGACCAGAUGGGAACUGUUUCUACAGAGCCUUUGGUUUUGCACAUCUCGAGUCCCUGCUAGAUGACGGCAAAGAGCUUCAGAGGUUCAAAGCAGUGGCAGCUAAAAGUAAACUGGACCUGGUUAAUGAAGGCUUCACUGAGUUUACCAUUGAAGAUUUUCACAACACUUUCAUGGACCUGAUCGAACUAUGUGAGAAACAGCCGAGCUUGCAGGAGCUACUGAACUCCUUCAAUGACCAGAACGUGUCAGACUACGUGGUUGUGUACCUGCGGCUGCUCACCUCAGGUUACCUGCAGCGAGAGAAUGGCUUCUUCCAGCACUUCAUAGAGGGAGGACGCUCUGUCAAGGAGUUCUGUCAGCAGGAGGUAGAGCCAAUGUCUAAAGAAAGCGACCACAUUCACAUCAUUGCCUUAGCUCAGGCCCUGAACGUAUCCAUCCUGGUGGAGUACAUGGAUAGAGGAGAGGGAGGAAUAGUCAAUCACCACGUCUUCCCUGAGGGUGGUGACCCACGCAUAUUCCUCCUCUAUAGACCUGGCCAUUAUGACAUCUUGUACAAAUAACACUCCUGGCCACAGCCCAGCCCAGCCCAUCCUCCAACUGCUGCUGUACGCUACAGCAGUGAGUUACAAAAACAGCAGCCACGCUGAUGAAGCAUACACCUGUGUAUGAGAUUACACUCAUGUAUUUAAUAAAAUAAAAUAAAAUCACAUUACAUGCUUCCCUUACCCCCUUUUGCCCCAAACUUUCAUAUUUUCCCUCAGUCAUCACCAUAUGGUUAAUUAAAAAACGUUGGAAAAACAGAAGUGACUCCAGGCAUUUAGAGUUGUACAGGUUUUUUUUUCUUUUGUGGUUGUAAAUGUUAUCUACUUGCUUUAUGUUGAAUUCUUUUCCUUUGUUACACUGCGUUUCAUUGCGUUUUAUUAAAGGGAUUUACAUCUUG